AUGGCGAAAGAAUCAGCUGCGGUUCAAGUAGCUCUACGCAUACGUCCCCUGACCAAUCGCGAUCGUGCUCAACCUCGCUUUGCCAAUCUCUCCAAUGACGAUGUUCUCAAGCUCCAUGAAAAGACUGUGCACGUUGUACCCCACAACAAGUUGUUUACAUUCGAUCAUGUAUUUGGCACCAACAGCCAGCAGAGUCAAGUCUUUGAAACACUUGGUUCUAAACUCAUCCACAAGUUUAUUGAUGGUUACAAUGUCACCAUCCUUGCCUAUGGCCAAACAUCAUCAGGCAAAACGUAUACCAUGGGUACAGCACAGCAUCAAUCCGGUCGUUACAAUUUAGAAGAAGAGGGUAUUGUGCCUCGUGCCAUGGCACUUUUAUUUGAUACUCUUACCGGCAAUAACAAUACAUCAUCAUCAUCAUCAUCAUCUGCAUCACCAUCAUCACCCCUCGGCGGUGGCGGAGAAAGACCCAUCACACCUGCACCUUCAGUGUCUUCAUCCACCGACAAUACAGCAGGCACUCGAUUACGUCCUCCUUCUCGUAUCUCUAUGCAUCAUCAUCCACCUACACCAUCACCCAACAACAACAACAACAACAACAAUACUCGCAAAUUCUCUGUCAAGGUGUCAUUUAUCGAGAUUUACAAUGAAGAACUCAACGACUUGUUGAAUGGAACCCCGGUCUCGGAACGACCACCGAUCACUAUCCGUGAAGAUGCAAAAGGUCAUAUUUAUUGGACAGGCGUCAAAGAAGUCCCUGUACAUAGUAUGGAAGAUGUUUUAUUUUAUCUUGAACAAGGCACUCGCAACCGAGCCACAGGUGCCACGGAUAUGAAUGAAAAAUCCUCCCGAUCCCACGCCAUUUUUUCUGUUUCCUUGAAGCAUGAGAAAUGGGUAUCACGCAGCAGCAACCCGAGUGAUAAGAGAGCAACACGUGAUGGUGAAUGGAUGGUCAGCAGUUCCAAAUUCCACUUUGUCGAUUUGGCUGGUAGUGAACGGUUGAAACGCACAGCUGCUGAAGGGGAUCGUCGUAAAGAAGGCAUCAACAUCAAUGCUGGUUUACUCGCACUUGGCAAUGUCAUUUCAGCACUUGGCGAUCCAUCCAAGCGUGGCACACAUGUCCCUUAUCGUGAUUCAAAGUUGACUCGAUUGCUGCAGGAUUCUUUAGGUGGUAGCGCAACCACAUUAAUGAUUGCAUGUGUCAGCCCAGCAGAAUACAACUUAUCCGAGACUCUCAAUACGCUACAAUACGCCAAUCGUGCACGCAAUAUCAAGAAUCGAGUUGAGAAGAAUGAAGUUGAAGAAUGGAUGACGACCGAGAAUAUCGAAUUAUUACGAUCAAUGAUUGGAAAACUCAAACAUGAAGUACGCAAUCUCAAAUCUGGAUCAGUCAGCUCAUCCGUAUCAUCCACUGUGGUGGGUAGUGACAAUGGUGGCGGCGCAGCAGCAUCAACAAAUGCGGAUGUAGACCAACUCUUUCAGGAACAACGACUUGUGAUUGCCGAUUUACAACGACAAGUGGAAGAAUUGGAUGGUGAAGCUUCAGUGACACGAGAACGCAAUCGAGUUGUCGAGGCCGAAUUAAAACGACUACGUACGAUACGUAAACGUGAGGAAGAGAUCAGCAAAACCAAUAAUGAUUUCCAACAUCUUGUGGAGCCUGUGAUUGAAGAGUAUGAAAAGAGCAUUACAGCCCUUGAAUCUCAACUUGCCAUGGCACGUGCAGCAUUGAAUCAUUCGGAUAUCGGGUUUGAGGAACAACGAGCCAAAUUGGAGCAAUGCGAAUUGAUGCUUGAGACUCAAGACCAAACAGUACUCGAUUUACGUACACGUAUCACCAAAUUGCAGGAACGAGAGCAAAGCAACGAGACGUAUAUCGAUGAACUCGAAGGCAAAUUGAUGCAAUCUGCCAAGGAUGCUCGUCGUGAUCAGGAACUACUCAAUGAACUCAAGUCUCGUAUUAUGAGGUUUAAGGAAACGGAUGAGAAUACCGAACAAUACAUCUUUGAUCUUGAACAACGACUUGCGACUUCGGAGGCUGACAAGGCUGCACUUGAGAAGAAUGUGGAGGAUCUCGAGAGCCGUAUUGCUGAACGUGAUGAUACCAUUGUCAAGUUGCGUGAACAGCUUGCCAAGGCUGAAGACACCGAUACUCAGAAAUUGAUGCUCAAUGAAUUGGAUGAAUUGACAGCCAAAUACAAUCAGUUGGAAAAGGAACGUGAUCAGCUAAAGACUGAAGUUGAACAUUUAUCUACAACCGCCACGCAGCAACACAAUCAACAAAAAGAUGCGUCAUCAUCAUCGUUGGAAAAGGAGGGCUCUGAUAGCUAUGAAAAGGAUCCUCAGGAAUUGGAAAGCAGCGACAGCAGCAAAACACGUCGUAAAGCAUAUCGCCGUAGCUAUGCCGAGGAAAAAGAGACACCUGAUUCAGUAGCGGCCAUGGCAGCAAAGAAAGCCGAGGAACGUGCAGAGCAUGAAGCAGCACGCGCAUUGCAAUUGGAACGUGAUUUACGUGAGCUUCAAGAGGAUCAUCAUGAAACAACCAAGGAAUUGGAUGAAGUCUUGCUGCGAUACCAAGAGGCAUUAGAGCAAGUGGAGAUGUUGCAACGACCUGAUGGCGAAGAGCAUCCUGCUGUGGAUGAUGCUUUGAGCAAAGAAAUGUCACGUGCCAAAGAGGAAGCUGAUAUUCGUGAACGUGAAGCACGCAUGCAGCAAAUCAGUGAUCUUGAAAGUCGACUUGCCAAGUUACAAGAGCAGCAUCAAGAGAUGACUCAGCAAUUGGAACAAACCAAGCAUGAUAAGGAGCACAUGGCUGAAUCGUAUCAGACUCAAUUACGUGAUUUGCAAUCAAAGCAAGAGAAAGCGGAUGAGGAAGUUGAAAAGCUUCGUGCAGCAUUGGAUGAGAGUAAAUCAGCCUUGGAGCAACAAACGGCAUCCCUUGAAAGCCAACUCAAAACCAGCCGUGAUGAAUUGGAAAUGUACAAGGCUAAAAUGGGCAGUGGUGCCAAAGAAUUGGAAGAUACAAGGAAUGAAUUGGUUCGUCACAAGGAGCUUUUGGCAUCAAAGGAAAAGGAGAUUGCUGCUCUCUUGAUUGCACGUGAAGAGGCUGUACAAUCAACAAAAGAGGAAUUGCAACAACGACUGGCAACAACGGAAGCUGAAUUGGAACGCCACAAGGAUCUGCUGUCAGAUAUACAAAACACAAACAAUACCAGCCUCAGUCUUGCCAAUGGUCAUUUGACGUCAUUACAACAACAAUUAGCCGCCACACAAGAAGAGCUCACUCAUCAUCAGCAUAUGCUGGAAAAGAGCAACGUCACUGCAUCUGAAAAAGCCAAAUUGCAGGCACGAUUGGCAGAGACACUCAAUGAGCUUGAGCAGCACAAGGACAGCAAAAAGAUGACAGAGAAUGAAUUGACAUCCUUGAAAGAUCGCCUAUCAACCACUCUAAGCGAGCUUGAGCAGCAUAAGGUUACAAGCAGCAAUGAGACGAGUGCUUUACAACAACGCCUUACUGAGACUCUUCAGCAGCUUGAUCAACAACAAAAUGAAAAGCAGAUGUUUGCUGAUGAGCGAUUGAAUGCAUUACAGCAGCAAUUGAUGGAUGCACGUACCGAGCUUUCACAAUACAAAGAUGAUAAGGCCAAGUCACGUGACCAUUUGGAUCGGAUGCAGCAACAAAUAGCAGAUACGAUCUCUCAGCUUGAACGACAACAAUCCGACAAGAAUGUUGCAGUGGAUGAAUUGAAGCAGAGGUUGAUUGAUACACAAAAUGAGCUUUCUCAGCACAAGGAUGACAAGAUGCUUACACAGGAGCAAUUGGCGCAUAUGCAACAACGUCUUUCCGAUACACUUGCAGAUCUUGAUCAGCAUAAGAGUGACAAAUCUUUGACUACCGAGCAGCUCAAUGGUUUACGACAACAAUUGCUUGAGACUCAGAGUGAGCUUGAAAAGUCAAAGCAUGCAUUUGGUGAAGCUCAACAAAGCACACAACAACUUGACGAAUUGCAGCAUCGUUUAUUAGCGACACAAAAUGAUUUGUUACGACACAAGGAUUUGUUGAGCAAUAAGGCUAUUGAGGAAGGACAACUUGCGAUUUUGCAACAACAGCUUGCUGAUACACAAUCCGAGCUUGCACAUCAACUAUCAAGUCAACGAGAUGCUGCCGAUAAACAACUAAAGCAUCAACUAGCUGAGAAGCAGGCUGAAUUGGAUCGGCAUCAAAUGCAGGCUGAUGAGAAUCAACGUAUUUUGGAACAACAGCUUCACGACGCUCGUGCUGAGCUUGCUCAAUACCAACAAGCCGGUAGCCAUGGCAACGAGGAGAUUGCUGAUCUCAAGGAAAAGCUUGCUUUAUUCGCAUCCACUCAACAACAAUUGGAGGAUACUCGCACUGAACUUGAAAGAUACCAACAAAGUAGCAACAAUGAUAAGACUCAAAUUGCCGACCUUGGAGAACAAAUCACUGCCUAUGAGAAGCAAUUGAAGCAGUUGGCUGAUGAGCUAGAGACCACAAAGGCGGAUCACAAACAGCAGCUGAUGGAUCGUGAUGAGCAACACAACUCAAGGAUGGCUGAUAAGGAACGAGAAUACAGCACACGACAACUCAAUGUACAAUCUUCGCAUGAUGAUAUGGAGCGUCAAUUGGCUGAGAAGAUCAAGGCCCUUGCAGAUAUGGCAUCUGAAAAAGAAAACAUGGAAGCACGUGUACAAACAUUGGAGGAUGAAUUACGACGUGCAUUGGCAUCGAACGACAAAACAGGCGAGAUGACACGAUUGUUGGAUGAGAAGCAAGCCAUACUUGAUGCCAAAACGAAGGAAAUGGAUGAGUUACAACAAGAUCUACAGCACCUUGAAGUUGCACUUGAGGAAUUGGAGGCUCAGAAGAAUGAUGCAGAAAACGAAAAGCUACGUGUGUUGGAUGAGGUGACAGCUGAAAACGAUGAGCUCUUGACGGAGAUUGAGCAAAUCAAACGUGAGCGAGAGGAGGAUUCACGUCAACAUAAAGACGCCUUGACAACAUUGGAGUCUCAGAUUCAGCAACUCAAGGAUGAACGAGAAAACGAUUCACGCAAGCACAAGGAUGAAAUGACGGCACUGGAAUCCGAGCUCGAGCAGUUAAAGAAAGAACGUGAGGAAGAUGUUCAAAAGUUGACAACAUUACAAAGCGAGGUGGAUCGACUCAAGCAAAGCCAUGAGGAAGAUGCACAUAAAUACAAGGCCGAGAUUGAAUCUGUCAACAAACAAGCCAAGGAUGCCCAAACGCUUUUUGAGCAGAAAUUGACAACAUUGGACACCGAGUUGAAGGAAUCUGCUACACAACUUGCCAAGGAACAGACGCAUGUUGCCGAGUUGCAAAAGGAGAAAUCGAAUUUGGAUAGCAAGAUUGUUGAGCUGACACAAACACAUGAAGAAUUUGAACGACGCAUCCCUCAAUUGGAGAAAGAGCUACAAAAAGCAAAGCAAGAUCAUGCAGCAGCUUUGGAAGCAAUGCCAUCAUCAGCCAUUAGCGAAGAGGAGUACAAUGAAUUGAUUGGGGAACUUGAGGAUGCACACGCUUCAAAUACAGAAAAGGAUGGCCAUCUUCGAUCACUCCGCUCUCAAAUUGAAUCACAUGCACGUACCAUCAGCGAUCUCCAGGAACAAUUGGAAAAGGCAACCUUCACCCAUCAUGUGGCAUCGAGUGGUGGUGACAGUGAUCAAGUAGCCAAGUUGUAUGAGGAGCGUAUGGCUCAACUGGAAUCCAAGCGUAAACAACUUGAGGAUGAAAACACCGAAUAUCAAUCACUUGCUGAGGAACUUGAGAGCGAGGUUAGCAGACUACUCAAGCAGGAACAGGAUUCACAGCAGGCGAUGGAUGAUACAAAGGCGGCUCUUGAAAAGCAACUAGCUGAUCUACGAUCCCAGCAUGCCCAGCAGAGCAAGGCACUUGAGAAACGCGUCAAGGGUACUGAGGAUGCAUUAACCGAGGCCCAAAAGAAGGCACAAGAACAACGUGAACAAAUGCAACAGGAACGUGAACAACUUGAACAAGAGAAUCGACGUAUGCAAGCCGAGACUCAAAAACUGCAAGCUGAGAUCGCUGCAGAGCGCAAAGACAAACAAAAGGCACAGCAAUCAUUGGCAUCCCUGGAGGCACAGCUAGAAGAAUUGAUUAACAAAAAGAGCAAAUUUAUGUGUUUUUAA